AUGGAGAAAUUUCUCAAAAGCAAGAAUUUAAUAGUAGAAGGAAUACCAUCAAUUGGAGAAGGAGCAAGUGAUGAUCACUCUAAAAGAAGACAUGUGGAAAUCAAUUUGGAAGGCCGUCCUUCUGAUCCCGGGCUUAGAAAGAAUAUUUUCAGUUAUCAUCCUAAUGACCGUGAUAGAAUUAGAAGACAUUAUCUGCAACAAGACCCGUGUCAACUGAAGGGACACGAUUUUCCUCAGAAAAAAAUUGGCAACAUAUAUCGACGCUUUGUUCCAAAAUGGUUUGAGGAACAUGGAAAUUGGUUGGAAUAUAGUGUUUCAAAAGAUGCUGCAUUUUGCUUGUGUUGCUAUCUUUAUAGGCCAAAUUCUAGAGCACAAUCAAGUGGUGAAGUGUUUGUAUCAGAUGGAUAUACUAAUUGGAAGAAAAAAGAAAAAUUCAACGAGCACGUUGGAGGUCCAGAUAGUGCCCACAAUAGAGCAUGGAGAAGUUGUGAGGAUUUGAUGAAGCAACAACAACAUAUCCAAUUUGCUUUUGCAAAGCAAUCAACACAAGCACGAAAGGAUUAUCGCAUUCGCUUGACGGCUUCACUUGAUUGUAUCUGUUUGCUUCUAUCUCAAGGUAUGGCAUUCCGUGGUCACGAUGAAUCAAUAGAGUCUACAAAUCAAGGCAAUUUUCUUAUGCUCCUACGUUUUCUUGCCGGUCAUAAUGAUGAUAUAAAGAAGGUUGUCUUGAAUAAUGCUUCGGGAAAUCAAAAAAUGAUAGCUCCUGAUAUUCAAAAAGAUCUUGUCUGUGCUUGUGCUAUGGAGACAACUAAUGUUAUUCUUCAUGAGGUAGGUGAUGAAUACUUUUCUAUAUUAGUUGAUGAAUCUCGUGACAUAUCAGUCAAGGAACAAAUGGCGCUUGCUAUAAGAUUUGUCAAUUCAAAAGGAUGUGUGGUUGAACGGUUUAUUGGUAUUGUUCAUGUGAGAGACACCAAAGCUUCCUCAUUAAAAGCGGCUAUAGAAGUUUUGUUUUUGAAGCAUAAUUUGAGUUUGUCUAAAGUGCGAGGGCAAGGUUAUGAUGGAGCAAGUAACAUGCGAGGUGAAUUUAAUGGACUCAAGGCAUUGAUGCUGCAAGAGAACUCUUCUACCUAUUAUGUUCAUUGUUUUGCUCAUCAAUUACAACUAGCUCUUGUUGCUGUGGCAAAGAAAACACCACAAGUUGCUGUUUUUUUUAACUUGGUGAACAAUAUAACUACUAUAGUUGGAGCUUCAUGCAAGCGCAAAGAUUUACUUCAGGAGAAGCAAAUAGAAAGACUUUUGGGAGCAUUUGAUUGUGGUGAACUCUCAACGGGCACAGGUUCUAAUCAAGAAAGAAGUCUUCAAAGAGCUGGUGAUACACGUUGGGGCUCUCAUUAUAGGUCACUGAUAAAUUUGUCGAUGGUGUUCACUCCAGUUAUUGAGGUUCUCCAAAUCGUUGAAGAAGAUGGUACUGCAGAACAAAGUGGUGACGCAUGUUUGUUAUUAGGUGUUGUGCCAACUUUUGAGUUUGCAUUCAUUUUGCACUUGAUGACGACAAUCUUGGCAAUCACGAAUCAACUAUCUUUGGCAUUGCAAAGGAAAGAUCAAGAUAUUGUGAAUGCGAUGGCCUUAGUUGAAGUAGCAAAACAACCUCUACAAGAUAUGCGGGAUGAAGGAUGGGAGUCUCUGAUCAGCGAAGUAUCUAUAUUUUGUGAGAAAAAUGAUAUUGAAAUCAUAUAUAUGAAGGACAUGUAUAAGACUCCUGGUCGAGGUCGUCCUCAAAGGAAAGGUGAAGUUUUGACGAACUUGAAUUAUUUCAGGUUUGAGCUUUUUAAUGGUGUGAUCGAUUGGCAACUACAAGAACUCAACAAUCGCUUCAAUGAGGCUAACACAAAUUUGCUUCUUUGCGUGUCUUGCUUAAGCCCAAAGAGUUCCUUUGCUGCUUUUAACAAAUCCAAAUUGAUUGAACUUGCUCAUUGUUAUCCUUUGGAGUUCUCUGAAGUUAGUUUUCGGUUGCUUGACAAACAACUCGAGACUUAUAUCCGCGACAUGAGACCACAUGAAGAGUUCUCAAAUCUUGAAAGUAUUGGAGAUCUUUCUCAAAGGUUAGUUGCUACAGGAAGACAUAUUGUCUAUCCAUUGGUUUAUUUGCUUGUGAAGUUGGCUUUGGUUCUACCUGUUGCGACCGCAUCAGUUGAGAGGGAGAAUAAAGACUCCUGCAAAUUCUGUUGCUUGCUGGUGUUGCAGAGUGUACCGUUAGAGGGUGCAGAGCUGCUGCAGCUGUGCUGCAGCUGCCCUCCUUUAGAGCAUCUCCAGUAA